AUGAAAGGACAGAAAGGAGAGCAGAACAAACUCCUAACAGGGCAAGACUCAGUCAUGGCCUAUGAGACAGAGGAUCAGGAGACUCAAUACUGCUUUCCUGACAUCAACUCAUCAUGUGUCAAGGAACAACGCUUAAGACAUGGAUUUAAUAUCACAUAUUUUUUUGUGUCACUGUUGUCAGCAUGGACUGUGUUUCUGAACCUGCUGGUGAUCAUCUCCAUCUCUCACUUCAAGAAGCUUCACACUCCAACCAACAUGAUUAUUCUCUCUCUGGCUGUAACUGAUCUGCUUAUUGGAUUUGUCAUGCCUGUAGAGGCCAUCAGACUGACUGACAAGUGUUGGUACUUUGGAGACACUUUCUGUGGACUCUAUUUAUUAUUCGUGUCAUUACUUCUCUCAACAUCUCUUGGUAAUUUAGUUUUAAUUGCUGUUGAUCGUUAUAUGGCUGUGUGUCACCCUUUACUGUACCCACAGAAAAUAACCGUCACUAACAUGUUAAUGAGUAUCUGUCUGAACUGGGCUUGCAUAUCAGCUUAUAACACUAGCCUUAUAGUUAAUAAUGGACAUUUUGGCACUUCACACGGAAUAGAUGUGUGUCAUGGAGAGUGUUUAUUCAUGUUAAGUUUUAGUUGGACAGUCACUGAUCUGUGCAUUUCUUUAAUUUUUCCUUGCACCAUGAUCAUAAUGUUAUAUUUGAGGAUCUUCUAUGUAGUUCAUCAGCAAGUGAAGGAUAUAAACUCUCUGAUGAAGGGUGGUAAAUGUGUAAGUGAGGGUUCAGUGAAGAAGAAAUCUGAGAUUAAAGCUGCUCUGACUUUAGGAAUUAUGGUAUCAGUUUAUAUGCUUUGCUAUAUCCCAUACUAUAUUUGUUCUCUAACUGUAAUCUCUUCCACAACUCUAAAUGUUUUAAUAUGGACUUUGCAUGCUAACUCAGGUCUGAAUCCUCUGGUUUAUGCUUUAUUUUAUCGCUGGUUUAAAAAAACGGCUAAACUCAUUUUAACUCUGAAAAUAUUUUUGCCGGCAUCUUCUCUGAUCAAUAUUUUUUCACGUAAUGAAUGA